AAAUUGCGCUUAUUUUCAGGUUUCCUAUUGGCCGGAGUAACCAACCUAGCCAUCUCCUUCUUUGAUUACGAGUUCAGGGGUGUCGCCAUUGGAGUGUUGGUCUUCCUUAUGAUGGCACAAUCGGUGGGAUCUUCCAUUAUCACGGUGAUCCCCUUGGACAUGGCGCCAAGGUAUAACUACACCACACACUGCUACACCACACACUGCUACACCACACACUGCUACACCACACACUGCUACAACACUCACUGCUACAUCAAAGUAUCAGUCUAGAGAACUAAAGUAUAACUAAACAUUUUAUAGCUGACCGACACACAAUAGCGAAGCCAACCAUAGCUGAUCGACACACAAUAGCGAAGCCAACCAUAGCUGACCGACACACAAUAGCGAAGCCAACCAUAGCUGACCGACACACAAUAGCGAAGCCAACCAUAGCUGACCGACACACAAUAGGCAAGACGUCCAUAUCUGACCGACACUCAAUAGCGAAGACAUCCAUAUCUGACCGACAAACAAUAGCGAAGACGUCCAUAUGUCACCGACACACAAUAGCGAAUACGUCCAUAUCUGACCGACACACAAUAGCGAAGACACUAAUUGCUGACCGACACACAAUAGCGAAGGCAUCCAUAGCUGACUGACACGCAGUAGCGAAGACAUCCAUAGCUGACCAACACACAAUACAUAGGCUGGAAAUAGUCGAUUGAAACUUCACAAGUUUGCAGUUAAUAUCAAGUUUGCAGUUAAUGUCAAGUUUCCAUCAAGUCUAGCAAUGAAAGCCGCGUCUAUUGAAUAUAUCUCCUUUAUCAGGUUUGCCGGGGUCAUCACAGGCUUCAACUUCUCAUUCGGCAUGCUGAUAGCAAUCUCAGGACCACUGUUGGUGGCCAUGAUUGUUCCCACGGUUAGUUGAGUAUAGUCCCAAACCCAGCGCAAUUAAUUAUGCUUGUUCCCACAAUGGUAUGAAAUCCCUAGUACUUCACUUUAAUACUGUCACUGUCACAUUUAAUCUGUCAUUGUCACUUUCGUCUGUCAUUGUCACUUUGUCCCGUUCACCUUGGAACAAUCGAUAAUUUUGUUCUAUCCAUGUUUAAUUUGUUUGUCGAUUAUUAUUUGUGUAGCUUCCAUUUUCCAUAAAGAUAUAUUUUUAAUUAAUGACCACUUAGACUCAAUCUAUAAAUGUGGCAUACUAUUGAUGAAGACAUUUGUUCCCCUUGUUUUUUGUUUCUCCCAUUUUCAGAAUUCCUUUGAGGAGUGGCGAGUGGUCUGGAUCAUCAUGGCGAUCUUGUUCACAGCUUCAGCCGUUAUCUUCGUCACACUUGGCCAGGCGUCCUUGCAGCCGUGGGCCGAGGGCAAGAAGAGAUCUGACGUACCCAACAUCGUCGCGCCCUUCGUCAGCAUGGGGCGCCGAUUUUCGUCCUUUGUCGAGGCGCCGCCCCUGAGCCCCGUGCUCAGCCCCAGCAGGCUGAAGCGGUUCGACUUCAGCUUCAACGCCCGGCUGGCCAGCAUGCUGCCUGCGCUGACCGAGACGAGGGAAGGGAUCACCAUCACGGACCAGCUCCACAUCCAGCUCGACCUCAGUCCGCAGGUGCAGACGACGCGUCCCAGCUUUGCAGACGCGGCCACUCAAACCGGAAGUGAUCCAAGUUUCCAGGCGUCCGAAGGACAUCCUGUCGGGUUGGAGAACAAAUCGUUCAACCCGGAAAUGGAAGUGUUUGUUACCGAACAAUCUGCGCGAGAUGUCACGGUCAAAGAUGGCGAC